UCAGAGACUGGGCCCUGAAUGCUCUGUGUUCUCUCUACUACUCUCUGGUCCUAGGAUCCCUUGGCAAUGGGAAAGCCACUCCUGCCACUCCUGCUUGGCCUCUCCAUACUGGUGGGCUUCCUGCAAGCCUUGACAUGUCACCAGUGUCCAUUGUUGAACUCUAAGGGGAAAUGUCACAAAGCACAAGGCUUCUGCGAGGCCGCUGGGGACCAGCAGUGUGUCUUGCGCAUAAUCUCUACAGGUGGAGAGAACCUCUUUGGGAUCCAGGAUUGUGCUGACAGGUGCAUCAAUCAGACCAUCCACUAUCGAGAUGUGACAAUGAAAUUUAAAUGUUGUGAUUCCCAAUCUUUCUGUAACAGGAUUUAGAGACCAGACCUUUUCUAAAUCUGUUGUAUUUAAUGUGAGUUCUUAGACCUUCCCUGUAACCCUGCAGCCUCAACAACACUGGGCCCUUUAGUUCCAAUACUGCUCAAGCCUUGACACCGCCUGUUCUCACCAACAGAUGUUUAUAUUUCAGUUGGUGAUAGAGAUGCUGUCCACUACCUUUACACCCCUCCAUCUGUGACUGAUGUAAGAGCACACUCUCCUCCCUUCUCUCUUCAUUCUUAUACUUUGUUUUUAACAAAUGUGUGCUAACUGAUAAACACUGCAAUUAGGGGCUGGUUCUGCAGAAGUGACUAUGACAGACCUGACACCUACCCUGAUACGCAAUACUUUCAUUCCCAAUCUAUUCCUCUUCAGGAUCUGGAA